AGAGAGAGAGACGGGGUGUUGCCGCCUCUGUGACACACUCACGCAUCACAGAGUAACAGCAGCAGGGGUAGGAAGCCUCUUUCCAUUUUUCUCUUUGGGAAAACAAGGCUGUUUUUUGAUUUAUUAAAUCUGCACAAGCCUACAUUAUUUAAAAUAAUCAAACGCAAAAUUUGGUGGAGAUACAGCGCGGAUCAACAUCAAGAGACAAGGCGGUCGGACAGUUUCAGCACCUUGGACAGAGACAAUGGCUCCAAUUGUGGAGGAAGGAGCUCAGCUCGUGGCUGUGCCAGUGGGCGUAGCAGUGGUGAGCGUCUUCGGCCUGGUCUUCAGUGUAUCUGCCUUUGCCUGGAUCUGUUGCCAGCGAAAAAAUACAAAAACCCAGAAGACGCCCCCCUAUAAGUUUGUGCACAUGCUCAAAGGAGUCGACAUCUACCCAGAAAGCCUCAGUGGCAAGAAGAAGUUUGCUGCAGCUGCUAGUACAGCAACAACUGAUACCGGUAAAACUGACAUUAAUGGAAACUGCCCCAAUGCGUUGCCAGCGAGUCCCACCGGCACUGGCAAGCUGGCAUCAAGUCCGAAUGGUUCCAGAGCAGCUCUGCAUCUGGAUCUGGAGAAACGGGAUCUGAAUGGCAACCUCACCACCAAACCGUUUCACCACCACCAGCAGAAGCUGCGGAGCUCUCCAGACCUGGAGCUGCCCUCUCCACAUGCAGGCUUCACCCAACCUGGUGUGAUGGACCGCCACGACCUCCCUUCCCCUUCCAGCACCCUCUCCAGCCAGGCACCCACCCCAGCUGUGGACAAGCCCCAAGCUGAUGACAGAGAGGGGGGACUGGGAACGCUCCACUUCUCCCUGGAGUACCAACCAGAGAAGAAGGCUUUCAUAGUCCACAUUAAGGAAGCCCAUGGCCUGACCCCAACGGAUGAGCAGUCUCUGACCUCUGACCCCUACAUCAAGCUCACCUUGCUGCCGGAGAAAAAACACCGGGUUAAGACCAGAGUCCUCAGGAAGACUUUGGACCCUGCCUUUGACGAGACCUUUACCUUCUAUGGGAUUCCGUUGGCGCGAGUGUCAGAGCUGGCUCUUCACUUCAUGGUGCUGAGCUUUGAUAGGUUCUCUCGUGAUGAGGUCAUCGGGGAGACGCUGGUCCCCUUGUCCGGGAUCGACUUGUCAGAGGGACGUGUCCUGAUGAGCCGGGAGAUCAUCAAGAGGAAUGUUAAGAAAUCCUCAGGCCGGGGCGAGUUGCUGCUCUCCCUGUGCUACCAGUCCACCACCAACACCCUCACUGUGGUCGUCCUCAAGGCUCGUCACCUGCCCAAGACCGAGAACAAUGGACCCACAGAUCCAUACGUCAAGGUGAACAUGUACCAUGGAAAGAAGCGCGUGUGCAAGAAGAAGACCCACGUGAAGAAAUGCUCGCCCAACCCGGUCUUUAACGAGCUCUUCGUCUUCGACCUACCCUCCGAAGAGGGCCUGAGGGACACCAGCGUGGAGCUGCUGCUGCUGGACUCAGACGCAGGCAAGUCACGCAGUGCCAACACUGUCCUCGGGCGCCUUGUGCUGGGCACGACGGCGGCAGGCACUCCCGGGGAGCACUGGAGGGAGAUUUGUGACCACCCGCGUCGGCAGAUCGCCAAGUGGCACGCCCUGUCAGAGGAUUAGAACGCAGGGCGCUGGCGGAUUCUGAUGUCUAUUUCUAAUCCGGUCUGACCACAAGAGAAAUGGAAGGAAGAUGGGCAAGAUUUAAUGUCCUAUUAGCUGCUCAUUGAACUUCCAGUGAGGGCGGGUGAGAACAACGGGAGGGUCAUUCAAAGUGAUGUCAUUUAUCAGCCAUUCAACUAUUUGUCUUUGAAGUUAUUGGGGUUCAGUAGGGAGGGAGGGGAAUGAAAGCGAACCCCAUAACUUUAAACAAUUCCAAAGACAGAAAAUCACCUAGUAACAUGCAUCUCCAUGGAAACUCAGUCAUCACUGUAAAACUGUGCAGUGUAGAAAUGUCUUAAGUGUCACUCUUAAUUUCCUCUUCUUCUCCUUCUACUUUGUUCCUCAGCUCUUCCUCCUAUAAAUAGUAACCAAACCCAUCAUAAUGAAAACAAACCACAUCUGACGAUGCUGUAAAAAAUGUGGAUUAUUAAAGUUUAUUUUAUAACGGCAAUGUUCUCUUCAUAAAGAUGUGGUUUAAUUUGUCUUUGUUUUGUACUCCUUGGGUUAAUUUGUUGAAACAGUUUUGUACAGUAGGUAUAAGUGGUAUUUCAUAUAUCAUGACUGGAGUAUAAGAAAGCCUAAAUUAGGUGGUUUGAGAAAAGCCAGGAACAGACUGAACUGGGGACAGUGUGUGUGCGUGUGUGUGUGUGUGUGUGUGUAUUUCUGCUGACUUGGCUGUGUGAGCGUGUGGGCAUGUACGUUAGCUCAGCUAGCCACAUAAUGUUUACUGUAGGUGUUUUGUCCCCUUACUGUGAGCACAAAGACAGCUGAAAUGUAAAUGUGUGUAUCUUAAUAUAAAACAUGGCAACUCCUGAUAGACGAAA